AUGGUGACUUUAUGUUGGUGCUUUGGAGUUUUCAAUGCUGCACUUUGUUUUUCUGGAGAAGUACGAAAUGUGUGGAAACCAACAAUCCCAGCGUUCAUGUUCACUGAUGAGUUUUGGGUAUCAUUUACUGCGGACUUGUUGUAUAACAUGGAUUUCUAUUUUGCUGAAUUCGUUUUGUUUGCCAGUCUCACUUGCUAUGUCGUUUUAUUUAUGAUGGUUAUAAUUAAACAUGAAACCAUGAGGACGAUGAAAAUGGAAGGACCACUGAUAUUACAUUUUGGUACGAUAUUUUGUAUGACUGCAGUAAUAUUAUUUUUGUGGCACAAUCCUCUGAGCAACAGUGAUCUCUACGGUCACGCCUUCAAUCUUUUCGUGCUACUCCGUUUCUGCAUUUCGCCGCUGCUAGCCCUUAUCACAAAU